AUGUUCAAGUUUGUUCUGUUCAGUGCCUGUUUGGUGGCUGCCGUCUGUGCUGCACCGGCCGAUAACAAACCGGGCCAGCAGGGCCGUACCGAUGGGCUGGACCAGGCAGAGUCGGCCUGGAACAGCCCGAACGCCUGGAAUGCGCAGAACACCUGGGGCCGCGAUCCGGCCGCCUGGAACCAUCCGUCGGCCGCCAACACGUGGAACCACGGUAACGCGUGGAACCACCCGAACGCCUGGAACCGUGGCUACAACAACCGUAAUGACAUGACCGCUGCACGAUCAGGCUACGAUCCCGCCAACCGUUGGGGCGCCGGUGCUGAUCAGUGGAACCGCUACGGGGCUGGUGCCGGCUGGAACAGCUGGGCUGGACGUGGAGCAGGUGCUGGAUGGCCAGCCGGUGCCGGAGCCGCUGCCAACCGCUGGAAUGCCUGGUAA